AGCAGCUGCAGGCAGAGCGUGUGCAUUCUCUCUCGCUGUCUGUCCGUCCAUCCGCCCGCCUGCUCCUACCUCCUCAGCUCAGCCUCCGCUGGUUCCCCGUGCGGCUGGAAGCUGGCUUUCUGGUGUCGGGGGUUUCAGUGCCUUCCCCUUUGUGGGGGUGGCGGGGUGUGCGUUCAGGUCAGCGUCCUGGUGGGGGUGCGUGGAUCUGGCAUGCCCAGGACUGGAACGAUCAACAUUCAUCUGUGAUACACCAGACGAGCGAGCUGACUCCGCCUGGCAGCCAGGGAGGGUUUUUACACCAGACUCUCUUCUGAAGUUUAGGGGCUAGCCGAGAGAAGCAGGGAGCAAGCUCUGCUGUUCCCUCUUCACCGAUGGAUCUAUAGGGGAUGGGCACCAGCUGCGCCAGGGGCUGAGAUCCAUUCGGCUCACUUGCCUCUCCCAAAAAAAUCUUUAGUUUGUUCUUUCCGCCCCGUCAGUGACUUUCCAGGGAGAAUCUCUCCCUUCCCCUUUGCUGGAUGGUGGAAGAAGGCGUGGGCAGCGGGGACAGGGCACCCCACAGGGGUCUGCGGGGACCCCAUCGUCCUCUGGCUGCACCGAGGAACAUGUCGGUGGUGGGCAAGGCCCUGUGGAGUGUGGAGCGGGUGGGGAAGGGCUGGCGGUUUGAGCAGCCCAUCGGCGUGGACUGCAGCUCGCCCGAGCCCCGCUGCAUCUGGUUGACCAGCCUGCGGAAUGACAAUGCCGACCUGGCGCAUAGGUACCGUGCCGGGGUCGCUCUCCCCAGGCAGAAAUGCCGCUCGCACCCUCAGCUGGAGACACGCCACAUGCCGACGCUGGGCCGGAGAGAUGGGACCUCUCCGAAUGACAACGCCCCCCUGGAGGAGCCCUUCCCCUGGAUGGGGCCGAAGACGGUGCUGCUGCGGAAGAGCUCGCAGGGGGGGUUUGGCUUCACCCUCCGACAUUUCAUCGUCUAUCCCCCGGAGUCGGCGGUCCAUUCCGAUGUCAAGGAGGAAGAGAAUGGAAACCGGGGAGGUCCCCAGCGGAGCCGCCUGGAGCCCAUGGACACCAUCUUUGUGAAGAAUGUGAGGGAAGACGGGCCUGCGCACCAGGCCGGCCUCCGCACAGGAGACCGGCUUGUCAAGGUGAACGGUGAGAGCAUCAUCGGGAAAACCUACUCCCAGGUCAUAGCGCUGAUCCAGAACAGUGACGAUGCCUUGGAGCUCUCCAUCAUGCCCAAAGACGAGGACGUCCUCCAGCUGGCCUAUUCUCAGGAUGCCUAUUUGAAGGGCAAUGAACCCUACUCUGGGGGAGCCCAGAGCAUCCCGGAGCCACCUCCCAUCUGUUACCCACGGAAGACCUACCUGUUCCAGUCCAGGGCUCCCAGCCGGGAGGCGAUGGUAGCCGAGCCUUUGCAGGGACAGCAGGUGGACGGCAGACCCUACCGGUCUACUUCUUCAGGCCCAUCUUCCCCCUUGAACAGCGCGGCGCUCGGCAGCCCCAUGCCCACCACUUGGAACGAGGCCAGAAGCGACACUGCUCGGGAGUUCAGCAGCACCCAUUCCAGCCCAGCCCACCACACGGAGGAGAUCCAGUAUGGAAUGAUCCAGCCGAGGUCAGGGAUGCCCGUCGUAAGGCCGGUCCCAGCCCCCAGCUCCUUCUCGCGCAUCUCCAACACCAGCUUCCCAGGUCCCCUUGCUUCUUCCUUGCCAGAGAGGUACGGCGUCCCGACUGCUUCCUCCAUGGCCAACCAGGCCUGCUACGGGGUCCCCAGGCACGUCCCAGACCAUCGGACUCACUGUGGCUUCAAGGACAGCCGGGAUGCCAGCACGGGGCCUGAUGGCCCGGGCCGUCCCUCCUGGGAGUAUCUGGGUGGCCCCAAGGCCAUCACACGGCUGGAGUGCCAGCAGGCGCUCUCCAACUGGCUGUCCAGCCAAGUACCGCGCCGGAGCGCCUCGGAAGAGCGGAGGUACGCCAUGCCGCCCCGGUACCGCAGCGUCUCUCAGGACCGCCUGGGAGACACCCCGGCCUCCAGAGGCUGGCCCCACAGUGCCUCGCAAGACACCUUGCUUCAGCCCAGCCAUGACAGCUGGGGCUACCGGGCCCGGUCCGACAAUUCCCUGGGGAGGUACGGGCGCUCCAUGGAGGCUCUGGAGCAGAGCACCCUGGUCUCGCCCCGCUUGGACAAGUGCACAUGGCUGCCGCCGGAGAAGUUCUAUAGGCCGGGCCCUGGGCAAGUUGCCCGAGCUCAGCCUAGCCAGCCAAGUUCGUAUGCCCCCUCUUGUUCCUCUAGAGACCCUCCCCCGUCCCAUGUGCAGAAACACCCUUCCCAGCCCAACCUGCAGAGCGUCGAUGACUCGGGGUAUAUCGGGUAUAGGAGCUACAGCCCCUCCUUCCAGCGCAGGACUGGCCUACUCCACGCGCUCUCCUUCAGGGACCCUAUCUUUGGUGGCCUUCCAGUGUUCAAUAUAUCGCAAAGGCAAGGAACCCAACCAGCACCUUACCCGGACAGGUCCCCGUCACAGCCAGCUGCCGCCCCCUCUGGCCCGGACCACCUGUCGGGCAGCGGGCCCGAGAUUCCCAAGGACCAAAGAAACCCCAGCCAAGACAGCAGCGCCAGGUCUCUCCAGCCAGCUCUGCCUCAGCCCGAGGCGGAGGAGAGGAAAGAGGAGGUGGUCCUCCGGCAGAAGCCCCCCACGGGCCGCAAGGCGCCGGCUCCCACCAGGCAGAUGAACUUCAUCUUCCCCGACCACAUGAAGGAAACGGACAUUUGCGACCCGCCGCUGAGCUGCAAAGGGGACAAGCCGGUGGCGGAGCGGCCCGCUCGGCGGGUGGCACCGUUGGCAGUGCCAGAGGAUUCCCUGGCAUCCAUUCCAUUUAUAGACGAGCCGACGAGCCCCAGUAUCGACCUGAAGGCAAAGCACAUCCCUGCCUCCUCUGUUGUCUCCAGUGCCGUGAACUCGGCCCCCUCGGUCACCGGCAGCCCCUCCUCACCCGCCUUCAACUUCGCCAUCAACCGCCAUUACUCCCAGGACUGCAGCAGCAUCAAAGCCAGCCGCCGAUCCUCCUACCUCCUGGCCAUAACAACAGAGCGCUCCAAGUCGUGUGACGAUGGUCUGAACACAUUUCGUGACGAGGGGAAGAUCCUAAGGAGGAUGCCAAACCGGGUGCCGAGUCUCCGCAUGCUGAGGAGUUUCUUCACAGACGGGUCUCUGGACAGCCUCGGAAUGUCUGAAGACACGCGAUCAAAGAGGCACUCGACCUCCGACCUCUCGGACGUGACUUUCAGCGACGUGAGGAAAGAGGGCUGGCUCCACUACAAACAGAUCCUCACCAAAAAGGGGAAGAAAGUUGGCGGGGGCAUCCGGCAGUGGAAGCGCGUCUUCGCCGUUCUCCGCGCACACUCACUUUACCUGUGCAAGGACAGGCGGGAGGCCGUGACCUACACGCCGCCCCAAGGUGAGGAGGAGCAGCCGAUCAGCAUCCGAGCGUGCCUGGUGGACAUUUCCUACAGCGAGACCAAGAGGAAGCACGUCUUCCGGCUGACGACCGCUGACUUCUGUGAAUAUCUCUUUCAGGCAGAGGAUCGGGACGACAUGCUGGCCUGGAUCAAAGUCGUCAGGGAGAACAGCAAGGCCGAGGGCGAGGACCCCGGGUUUGCAAGCCAAGCGCUUAUCAACAAAAAGCUAAAUGACUACCGGAAAGUGAGCCCCUCUGGAACGAAACCAGACUCUUCCCCCAAGGGCUCACGCGGGCUGGGGAUCAAGGCUGAGUUCCUGAAGCAGACGGGGACGAGCGCCCCCCGAUCCCCGAGGCAGGACACGGCCGUGACUAAAGAUGACGGUGCCCCCCAGAAAGCCCCUUGGGGCAUCAACAUCAUGAAAAAGAACAAGAAACCUGCUCCACGGGCCUUCGGCGUGAGGCUGGAGGACUGUCAGCCUGCCCCAGCCAACAAGAACGUCCCGCUGAUCGUGGAGGCCUGCUGCAAGGUGGUGGAGGACAAGGGCCUGGAGUACAUGGGCAUCUACCGCGUCCCCGGGAACAACGCCGUGGUGUCCAGCUUGCAGGAGCAGCUCAACAAGGGAAGCACCGAGAUCAACCUGCAGGACGAGAGGUGGCAGGACCUGAAUGUCAUCAGCAGUCUGUUGAAAUCCUUCUUCCGGAAGCUCCCAGAGCCUCUGUUCACAGACGAUAAGUACAACGACUUCAUCGAAGCCAACCGGAUCGAAGAUGCCAGCGAGAGGUUGAAGACGUUGCGGAAACUGAUCCGGGACCUGCCGGGACAGUACUAUGAGACACUCAAGUUCCUGGUGGGGCAUCUGAAAACCAUCGCGGACCACUCCGAGAAGAACAAGAUGGAGCCCCGGAACCUGGCCCUGGUCUUCGGCCCCACGCUGGUCCGGACAUCCGAGGACAACAUGACGGACAUGGUGACGCACAUGCCAGACCGCUACAAAAUCGUGGAGACCCUCAUCCAGCAUUCGGACUGGUUCUUCAGCGACAAAGAGGACAAGGGGGAGAAGACCCCUGUGGACGAGAAGGAGGCGCAGUCGGUGCCGAACAUCGAGUACCUGCUCCCCAACAUCGGGAGGACGGUGGUGCCAGGGGACGCCUCAGAUUCAACCAAUAGCAGCUCUGCCAAAUCGAAGCAGGGCACGGGGGCGCCCCGGAAGGAGCAGUACAACAAGGAGCUGCUCGCCAUGUCCUUCAUCGCCGCCGUCAACCGCAAGAGGAAGAAGCGGCGGGAGGCCAAGCGUUUGGGGAGCAGCACGGACGACGACUCGGAGCAUGAGGCCACCAAGGGCGCCGGCAAAGGCAGAGCGGAGGAGGCCAAGGACGGGGGCGUGGAGGAGGAAGAGGCCAAGGGGCCGGGCCGUGGCGCGGCCCCCGGAGAGCCAGGCCCAACGCGUGAUGCUCCGAGUCGCCGAGCGGGCGUGGAGGAGCCGGCGGGACCGAGGGAGCCGGCGCCGGACGCCCGGUCCAUCGCCUCGGGCUACUCCACCCUGUCCACCAUCGACCGCAGCCUGUGCUCCGAGGUGCAGUCGGUGGCCGAGAGCCGAGGCGAGGAGGCGGACGACGAGCGCAGCGAGUUCAGCCACGUGGAGACGGACACGGAGAGCAGCUUCCUGCCGGGGAGAGCGGGGCUGGGUGCUGGGCAGGGGCCCGAGCUGGAGAGCGGCGAGAAGGAGAAGCUCGCCCGGGCCUCCUUCAACUCCCACCGGCUCAUCCAGUGCGACACGCUGGCCCGCCGGAAGCUGGCGCGGCCCCGGCCGGACAGCGAGUCCUCAGCCAAGGGCAGCCAGGAGUCCCUGCGGCCCCCGGGGGCCGGCGGGGAGCCGGGGGGUGGCGGGGCCCCGGCCAGGCCCUCGCUGACGGAGCAGAUCCGUUUGCGCUUGCGGGCCUCGGCCGACGACAUGCUGGCCGUGCGCCUGCGCAAGCCCCGCUCCCCGGAGACGCGGCGCAAGAAGAGCUCCUGGCGGCGCCACACGGUGGUGGUGCCCGGCGGCCUGAAGGAUCUCAACUUCAACGAGUGGAAGGAGCCGCAGGCACCGGGCCAGGGGCCCCCCGUUGGUCCCGAGCUCUGCCCCCCGGACGCCGGCGCCGCCUGCAGGGACCUGCACAGAGACAGCAAGGACUCGGGCCUCAGCAGCCUGGAGUCGACCAAGGCCAGGCCCUCCUCGUCCUCGGCACUGAGCCACCAGGGCGGCGCCGGCGAGCAGCAGCACGGUAAGGGCCCGGAGGGGCUCCCUGGCGACCGGGGCCCGGCUCCCACGCGCGCAGCUUCCUUCCGCUUCCACCAGUGUCUCUAACCCCCUCCAGACCCCGAGGCCCGGCUGUCUCUGCUUUCCACCACGCCAUCCCUUUCUCCCCCCCGUGCAGCCUCUUGUGGCGCCCGUCUCCGGGCGGUUCCCCAUCCACCCAGUGCCAGGCGCUGCACGGAGGUAGGAGCUCUCUCCAGGGGCGAGCAGCCACUUGCCCUGAUUUUGUCGGCCUUGCCCCUGGUGUGUCCCUUGGCCUUUCUCACGGGGCUCCCGAGGUUGCCGGAGACGCCCCCUCGCUGCCCCGGCCGCGCUGCCUGGCUGGCGCUUGGGCGUAGCGUUAAUUGAACGACCCUCCCUCGGUUUGUGGAUUUAAUCGUCGGUCUCCUUAAUUUGGCUCCCUUUUUAAGACUCCCCCACCCCUGCCGGGGGGGGGGAGAACGUCUGCAACUCGGAGCGUCCCGGCCCCGCCACAGAGCCGGGAUCCCAGCCCUUUGGGUCCAGCCCGCAGCUGGGACGGUUGGGCGGUCACCGCGCACCCACAGGGAGCACUUGGCCUGAGACAGGCAACCCCUCCCCAGCCUCACGGCCCCCCCAGCACAUCUCCCUGCAUGGCUGUGGGGUCCCUGAGGCUGCCAGAUCCUCUCUGCUGCCCCCCAAGACCUCACCGGGGGGAGUGUGCGUGGCUCUCGCUGCCCCACCCCUUGGUGGGGGAUCCCGCGGUUGCUGCCAAGGGCUGCUCCCCCCAUGAUGCAGGGGGCGGGGGAGGGAUGCUCCGAUUUCCAUGAGACCAUUGCCAGGCCCCCGCUGCCAGCCCCCAAACCUCCUCGCAGCAGGAGCUGGUGCCUCUGAAAUGCUGCCACAGCUCUAGCAUCACGCUACUGUGCCCCCCCAGCCCCCCUCAGCUCAGAGAACAUGCCACUGCCGCUGGUGUGCCAGGGAAUGUUGGGUGGCUUCGAACGGAGGGUCCCUGGCACCUCAGUCCCAGCUGGUGCUGCCUGCCCCAGAGCGGGGCCCCCCUUUCCCAUGCCGGUUCUCCCCCCGCCCCCCGGGGCAGUCCAGGGUGAGCGAGGAGGCUGUAGAAUGGAGACAGGAGGCCGUGCAGACGCAGCGCCCACAUGUGGGCUUUGCUCAAGAGUGUGAGCGUUUUCCCGCUGGCUCGUAACACUGGCGCGUGCGUGCGCACACGUGCACCAUUCGCACGUGUGUGCACACAUUCCUGUGGUGCCCUUGUGUCCAGCCUGAUUCAACGUUGGGUAAUUGGUAGAUGUAAGUGAGUUGGCUUCAUUGGCACCUGUGCAGGAAUGUGUGUGCUGGGGCCAUUGGCACAUGUGCUCAGUGACUACAUGCCCACUGGCACCAUGUGCGGGAUCCACUCGUGUGAAUGCUGGGAAAUGGCCCUUGGGCCAAGGGGCCCUUUGUUCCCCAUCCCCUCCCCUGUGCCAGGCCGGGGCAGGUCCUGCUCUCUGCCAGGGAGGAUGUGCCGGGGGCAGGUGGUGCUGUUGUUUGCCAGCCUGCAAAGCCACAGGGGAAGGAUCAGGGGCUGGAACGGUGGCUGGCGAAGCGCAGGAAGGGGACCCAGGCCACGGCUGGUUCAGCGCUUCCAGUGGCCCAUUCCCCUCCAGGUGUGGGAGUUUUCCGUGCCCGUCACCAUUCCCCAAGCUCCCUCCCCCCCCCCCGCCAGUGUAGCUGCUGGUGAUUCUACCCACACUGUGUGCGGCAGGGAAACCCAGCCAGGGAAGGUACAUGGGCCAGCCGGGAACAUUUGGGGAGGAGGGAGGAAUCCACCGGCAUCACUGAGGCCUGGAGUUCAGCCCUGAGCACUCAGCAGCUGCCCUUCUUCCCCGGACACGACCCUCUGCGGCCCGAGGCCUCCUGCCCCGGUGUCUGGACAGCGGGGUUCACAAUCAGCAGCUCAUGCUGUCUAGCAGGUAGGCUGAGAGGGGCGAAGCUGCCCGAGGUUCGGCCACCCAGUGGGAAUCGGGCACUCCCAGCGGGGCUGGGGGCGUCUCUGGCUGGGCAGCCCCCUGGCAAGCAGGUGGAGCAGGCAGCUGGGAGCGGGAGCGUUAGGUGACCCAGCCAGGCAGGUUGCAGCCCUUUGGGAAGCAGGGCUGGGCUGGGCCGGUGUGAGCGAGCGGCACAGGUGCGCACAGGGCACAGAAGUGGCACUGCAGAGAGCAGCCAGGCCCAAGUCCCGAGCCUGUUCACAGCCGGGGAGGAGCACGUUGUGGGCAGCCCAGUGUUAAUGCUGCAUCCCCGGUGCCAGGUGGGUGCGAAAGCAGCAGGGCCCGUUCCCCAGGCUGUUCAAUCCCAGUCACCACCUUGCCCCGCCCGGCUUUUAGCCCGACCGGCUCGCUCCUCUCUAGCCCCCACCAGGUGGCUCCCGGGCCCACACGUUCCCACAGGCCUGGCGUGUUUGUGUCUCACUGCCCGGUUAGUUCCCCCCCAGCACUGGCUGCCCCUCGGUGCCCAUCUGAAUUCUUGCCCCCCACCUGCCCACAUGAACAGCUGGGCCACAUGCACCUGCUGUGCUCAAUAGGGUUGCACCCCGUGGCUGUGAGCCAGAGCACGCUCCUGGAGAGAGCAGAUGCUUCCUAGAGCCCGGCAAUAACUUAGUUUGAAUGCAGGGCUUGGGGUGCACUUGCUCUUUGCAUAGCACUUGGAAGGCACAAGUUAGCAUUCAAACCCCUCUGAGAGGAGCGUGUCCACCCUGCAAAACUCCCCUCACCCACCCCUGCUGUUUUCACCCCGGAACUUACCAGGCUGAUCUCGCCUUAGACACCAGCUGCCUCGUUUGUGUUUUGUUUUCCAUCACGCCGCCAGCAUCCCAGCGCUUGUGCCACCCGCCCAGCUGGGGGCACCGGUGCACCGAUCGCUGCUUUUCGGCUCAAAGCGCUUUCGCAAACCAUGCAGCCGCCUUCGGGGCGGGCCGCAGCAGCUGUAACAGCGUGCACGGGGUGAGUUAGGCCGGGGCUAAGGGAUCCAAUGGGAGCUGGAGGGGCGCUGCAGGUAGGUAAGGCUAAUCGUAUGCAAACUGGAAUUUGGCUAGCCCUGGCGGCCUGUCUCUGGCUACAAACAUAGUGCCAUGGAAGAUUUUGCAUUGCUCAGCGUCAGGAGAGCUGACAUUGGCAUGAGAUCAUUUAUCCCGGGUAACUGGGGCCGGGCAGUGUAUUGAUUCCAUGCACUGAAAGUCCCACUUUCCACCAAGCAAGCAAACGUCCGUCGUCCUUUGCAGUUGUUUAUAUUUUUCCUCUUGAAAAUGGUAAACUGUGUUUUCAUGCUGCUAUAUUAUUUGUAAUAAUUUGGGGGGGGGUCCCCUUUUAGUUCAAAAUUAAAAACAACCCUCUCCCCGCCAAAUCCAUUGCACCCGUCUCUGUGUUUAGAAAAAAGCCAACUGCAGCCCCGUGCCAGGCAAUUGUCUUAAUGAACUAGGGGGACUGUCUCUGCAGUGACCGUCUAGCUGUCCUCUACUGUGCUGGGCUAGGAAGGAACACCACGCCGCAUCUUCCACGCCACACUGCAGCCAUUCCAAUGAGAGGCCUUGGGGGGAUUUUAAAAAUAAAAUAAAAUAAAAUAAAAAAAACCUUACUCCAGUUUAUGCAUCGUUCUUACUUUAUGCAAAUAAUUGCUGUAAAGUUCUUUUUGUUUUCAUUUUGUGUGUGUAAAUAUUGUCUUUAAAUGUGUAACAUAUUACAAAGAAUUUAUAAGGAUUUUUUUAAGAAGUUUCGCUCAUUUAAAAAAACCAGAAGAAAACCACCAAGUGCUGUAACAGUGUUGAAUUUUUAAAAUCUUCCUGCAUGUGUCAUUUUUUUUCCUUGAUGUGUUGUAAAAGGUCAGCCUUGUAUAUGGAAUAUGCAAAACUAAAAAAACACAAAAACCACCUGGUUUGGAACUAGCCCUCGCUGACGUACAGUUCUAUGUAUUGGAAAUAAACUGGCGUAUUCAAGGAA